UUGGCUGUUGAUUGCUGAGGACAUUUACAAGUAUAAUUUAUCCACUUUUAAGUGCUUGAUUCCUGCUUUCAAGAUUAUUUUAGAGGUAGACAGCCACUCAUGUGAGCUGUGCAAUCCUUAAAUUCAGGACCAUGAACACAUCACAAAAAUCAGCACACAUUGCAAAUCCUAUUUUCUCCAACUGUCUGAAUUCUUGCACCAAGAAUGGAACUGGAGGCUCAGCCAUCAAACACUUCUUCCCCUUGUCUCUAUGCAACUGCUCCUAACAGCCCAAAUGAACAUAGCAGGAGCAUGGAGUUCUACUGCAGUGCCCCGGCCAGUCCACGUCGAAAACCGGGUGAUCCCAAUGUUGGAAGGACAGAUGAUGAUUAUGGAAGCAAGAAUCUUGAUGACUUUGAGUUUGAGACAAGCAAGAAGUUCAGUGGGCCGUUGAGCGUUGAGACAUGCGACAACUCUGAGUCUCCUGUGAGGCGGGAGCGUGGGGGUUCCCUUCCCGCCAUGGCGUUUGCCGAUGAGCUCUUCCUCAAUGGCCUGGUCAUGCCUUUGAAGCUCCCUCCAAGACUUCAGUUUGAAACUGAAUUCCACAGUUUUAGCCAGAGAUCACCUGUUUCAUCCCCAAGAACCAUCUGCAGACUCCCAUUUGGGUGUAGGAGUUCUUGGAACGAUGAUUUCGACCCGUUCAUGGUGGCUUUGCAGAAGGUGAGGGAAGAAAAGAGAGGAAGAAACAGCCACCACAGGCGAUCAAGAUCGUAUUCACCGUUCAGGGCUGUGCCAAAACACUCCAAUGACGAUGUUGAUUGUUACACUCAAGAAAGUAGCCCAACGGACACCGUGCACGUUGCAGCAGCAAGCCACAGCGGACCACUGGACUUCAAAGGGUCAGCAUAUGCAAGAUGGGUUCGGGACCAAACGAGAGAAGGGCUAAGCCCCAAGAACCAGAGAGGCUUCCUUUUCGGACAAAGAGUGAGACCAUUGAAAGCUGAGCAGGACGGGCAAGAUGAGCCUGUUUUACCAAAAGGGAGACAUGUCAAGAAGACUUGUGGGAAUGUUGAGGAAAGUAAGGUGAAGAAACUGAAAGGAUUUCUGCUGAGGUAUGCAUCAUUUGGAAGAGAAAACAGUGGGAGCAAGCAGAGAAAGACAGGUUCAGGGGAAAGGAGGAUGAGUUAUUUUAGUAGAUUGAGCUUUAAAUACAAGGGAAGUGGGAAGAAGAGGAUGGCUGCUGAUACACAGAUGGCAGUGGUGGAAUACAAGCCAUCUCUUGCAGUUUGCUUAGGCUAUGGAGUUGGAAGCCCAAGAGAAGUGAAAUGACUUAAACAUUAUAGAGAGAUAAUAAGUAGUUAUUUUCUGGUUCAUAUCAAAUUUCAAUCAAUGUUCAAAUGUGACUUCAGAAAUUUGCCUUGUGACCAGCACUCAUUGCAACCAUUUCCAGUAAAUCCUUGAAAUAAUGACACAAAAAUCCCUAGAGUUUGGAAAUUCUAUAAAAGAACCUCCAUAAGUUUGGAAAUUUCCACCAACGGUUAUGCAAUAUCUGAUCUCC